AUGUUUAAGAUCGAUAGCGAUGGCAAUGGAUAUCUAGAUGUAAGCGAACUGAAGGCAGCACUAGAUGUGGUGGACUUAAAGCUCCCGCAAUGGAAAGUGAGACAAAUGAUCGAUGAGAUGGAGAGGAAGAGAUCAUCGGACAGAAGGGGUCGACUCGAUUACAACGAGUUUGAAAAGCUGUGCUCUGACCUCAAAUCGCAAGACAUUGCGCUCACAUUUAAGACUAUGGUUUCGAAGAGAGAAAAUUUGGAGACAUUGGGCGGAAUGUCUGAAGCGAGCUCUGAGGGCACCACUCAUUCGGUCCGACACGAAGAACAGGUGGCCUUUUCUCAUUGGGUUAACUCUCAUUUAAUUCAUGACAAAGACUUAAAGCAUUUAUUACCCAUCGAUUCGGACGGACGAGAGCUGUACGACAAAGUGAAGGACGGAAUCCUUCUUUGUAAGAUCAUUAACCAUUCGUGUCCCGACACUAUCGACGAGAGAGCGAUCAAUAAGAAAAAUCUAACCGUUUAUACAAAACACGAGAACUUAACUCUAGCGCUGAAUUCGUCGCAAGCGAUCGGUUGUAAUAUAAUUAAUAUCGACGCUCACGACCUGACCCGUGGAAAACCUCAUCUAGUGUUGGGUCUGUUGUGGCAAAUCAUACGAAUAGGUCUAUUCAAUCAGAUAACUCUGGAGCACUGCCCCGGACUCGUCCAACUGGUCCACGACAACGAAGAGCUCUCGGAAUUGUUGCGAUUAUCGCCCGAAAAUAUUCUGAUUCGUUGGGUUAACUAUCACUUAGAGAAGAGCGGUUCCAAUCGACGGAUCCAUAAUUUUACAAAUGAUAUCAAGGAUUCGGAAGUUUACACAAUCCUAUUGAAACAAAUAGCGCCGACCGGCAGAGGAGUGAACACUCACGCCAUGAGAGAACCCGACCUCUUGGAGAGGGCGGAGAUUAUGUUACAACAGGCCGACAAAAUUGAUUGCCGGAGCUUUUUGACGCCACAAGACGUGGUGAACGGGAUCUACAAACUGAAUGUGGCGUUUGUGGCCAAUCUGUUCAACAAUCACCCGGGUUUGGACACUCCCGACGAACCGCUGGAGUUGGAGAACAUUGAGGAAACGCGCGAAGAGAGGACUUAUCGCAAUUGGAUGAACAGUUUGGGAGUUUCUCCUUAUGUUAAUUGGCUUUACAGCGAUUUAGCCGACGGUCUCGUGAUAUUCGAGUUAUUCGAUAUAAUAAAGCCGGGAGUCGUUCACUGGCCGCGAGUCCACAAGUCGUUCAGCAAAUUGAAGGCUUUUAUGGAAAAACUGGAGAAUUGUAAUUAUGCGGUCGAUUUGGGAAAACAGUUGAAAUUCUCUUUGGUUGGAAUCGCUGGUCAAGACAUUUCUGAUGGCAAUCCCACACUAACUCUAGCCCUCGUCUGGCAAUUGAUGCGCGCCUACACUCUCAGCAUUUUGACACAAUUGGCCUCAAAUGGUGGCACCGGUCAGGCUAUCGUCGAAUCAGAGAUUGUCGAUUGGGUGAACAAAAAGUUAAGGGAAGCGAAUAAGUCUUCAUUGAUCAGGAAUUUUCAGGACCACAGUAUAGCGACAGCGCUUCCAGUGAUUGAUCUCAUCGAUGCCAUAAAACCUGGUUCUAUAAGUUAUGGACAGAUAUUACCCGGAAAUACACCCCAACCGGGAGUCGUUCACUGGCCGCGAGUCCACAAGUCGUUCAGCAAAUUGAAGGCUUUUAUGGAAAAACUGGAGAAUUGUAAUUAUGCGGUCGAUUUGGGCAAACAGUUGAAAUUCUCUUUGGUUGGAAUCGCUGGUCAAGACAUUUCUGACGGCAAUCCCACACUAACUCUGGCCCUCGUCUGGCAAUUGAUGCGCGCCUACACUCUUAGCAUUUUGACACAAUUGGCCUCAAAUGGUGGCACCGGUCAGGCUAUCGUCGAAUCAGAGAUUGUCGAUUGGGUUAACAAAAAGUUAAGGGAAGCGAAUAAGUCUUCAAUGAUCAGGAAUUUUCAGGACCACAGUAUAGCGACAGCGCUUCCAGUGAUUGAUCUCAUCGAUGCCAUAAAACCUGGUUCUAUAAGUUAUGGACAGAUAUUACCCGGAAAUACACCCCAAGAAAAGUUAGCGAAUGCUAAGUACGCGGUAUCGAUGGCCCGAAAAAUCGGAGCCAGGAUUUACGCCCUCCCGGAAGACAUAUCGGAAGUGAAGCCUAAGAUGGUUAUGACGGUCUACGCGUGUCUAAUGGCUCUCGACUACAUCCCAAACAUGGGGUCCACGAAUCACGAGUGAUUGAAAUUCAAGAUUCAGUUUUAUAUUUUUCAAAAUUCAUCAAUCGUUACAUUAUUUAACAUUUGAAACAAUUUUUAUGUCGAUAUAAAUAUAUAUUUUUGUGCCUUAAAAAUACAUUUGUUUUGUUAUAGUUCUAUGGCUUUUAAUACCAAACAUACAAACAAAAAGCCAUGGCUUAAAAAUUUUUAAUUUUUUAUAUAUCUUCCGGUGUUAUAGAUGUGUCGCUCUUUUAUUUCAUUCAAAGAUAUAAAUAUAAUGGAAAAUAUUUACAUAUAUUUUAAAA